AUGGACUACCUCAACAAACCGUUGCAACUACUCCUCCCUGUCAAGACAUCAUCAGGUUUUUACUACUGGAGCAGCUUAUGCCAGCAAGCCUGCUCUGCAAUCUCCUUCAAAGAGCCGGCGUCGAGCUCAAUCCAGGGCCGAAAUUCUAAAUCUGUCCAGUUUGCAACAAGAAAAUCAACAAAACCCAGCACUCUGCUCGCUGCAGAACUUGCUGCAGCUGGAGCCAUUUACUUAACUGCUCUACUCAACUUGGCAACUACUUCCUAUGUAACAACUGCACCAAUCCAAAACCUCCAACACAGUAUCAUUAGGUCAACGGCUUAUACCACCGGUCAACUCAAUUUCCCACAAUGGAACUGCAACGGAAUCACAGACAAUAAUGAGGAUAAAGAAUUUUAUUUAUUACAGAUGAAAACUGAUGGUCAAGCUGGUUAUUGUACAUCCAAAAUUGUUAAAGUACAUCCAUCUAAAGCUGGCAAGAAGAGAACUAUCAUAGCUGAAACGGAUACAGUAGAAGUCAAGUUAGCCAUUUUGAAAUUGGAUGAUGGUAAAGCUAAUAGUAUUUACAGUGGAAUAGCUGAAGUGCUAGAUAAAUUUCAACUAUGGAGUAGUAUUAAAGUUAUAAUAUCUGAUACUACAAGUGUUAAUACUGGAAGUAAAAAUGGAGUUGUAAACCAACUUCAGAGAAUUUGA